CUAAACAUAGCUUACUGAAGAUACUUGUUCAAUACGAGAGAUCAACAAGAAGGGGAAUCAUUCGAUCAAUUUUAUAUGGCAAUUAGAAAAUUAGCCGAAGAUUGUGGAUUCGAAAAGCUGAGAGAUUCACUUAUCAGAGACCGAAUCAUCAUAGGCAUCCAUAAUGUUCAACUGAGAGAACGUCUCCUCGGCGAGGAACUGCCGCUAGAGAAAGUAGUUUCCUUGUGCCUCUCCGUCGAAGCAGGAAAGAAAAGGUCGAAUGAAGUCAAUCAACCCAAAGCAUCAAGUGUUGAUCUAGUCAAUAGUGGAAGAUUUCAAGGCAACCCCUCAAAUCAAGGCAACAACUUCGCUGGACGAGCUCGAAACAACAACUCUGGCCAAGGACGAAACAACAACUUCGGACAAGGAUACAACCAUCAAAGCAGGUACAACUCGCCCAAUCAACAGCAGCCGUCAAGAAUCAUUGAUUGUCGUUCCUGCGGUCUACAACAUCCUGUGCGACAGUGUCCUGCUUAUCGGCAGCAGUGUAAAAAAUGCUUAGGUCGUAAUCAUUUUGAAAAAAUGUGCCGUAUUAACGAAGUGAUUUGUCCUGAAAAU